AUGGCCGCGAUCCAGGCCAAGCCGCCGGCAAUGUCACUGAACACCAACGGCGCUGUAAGGAAGAAGACCACGCUGGUGAGGGAGGGCAGUACAGAUACGGACGGCCUGGCCUCGAACCAAGUGGCACAUACCUUGACCGCAUGCACGCGGUGCAGACAGCGCAAGACUAGAUGCGAUCCUGGCCUUCCGCGAUGCACUCCCUGCGAGAGGACGAACUCGAUCUGCGAAUACUACGACUCGAAUAGAGGCCACAACGUGAACCGCAACUAUGUCGUAUGGCUCCAGCACAAGGUGCGAGAGCUGGAAGAGGAGGUCGAGAAAGUGGAGAACGAAGAUGCGGCCGACGAUCCUGAGGCCAUGAUGCGUGCGGCCAAUGUACGAGUCCACGAUGCAAAAGAGUCCAAGUACUUGGGUCCGUCCAGUGGCAUACACAUUACCCGUCUGGUGAUGCAGCUGGCGAAACAAUUCACAGACGCCAAGAGCAUCAAGGACAUUGUUCCGGAUCAACGAGCACGCCAAAUCAAGGAGCUAUAUGCGCAAGAGCAAGCUAAACCAACGUCCAAGAUAUAUCCUCUGAUCAGUGAUGUGGCGGCAAUCGAGCUGCCCAACCGAGCGCUGGCGGAUCUGUUGGUCCAACUUUACAAGCUGAAAGUCCAGCCCAUGUAUCCAGCGCUGCAUGAGCCAACCUUGGACGGAGACAUUGAGACCGUCUUCUCCAACUCAGGCCAAGCCACGUCUUAUCAGAACUUUGUUUGCCGAAUGGUGAUUGCGAUCAGUCUGCAAAAGAUGGAUACGCAAUAUGCUGGCCUCGCAGACAGCUACUACCUGGCAGCUCUGAAGUACCUCGAGCCAGUAGUGCGACCCAUGGACCUUAGGACACUUCAAUGUUUCGCGCUCAUGGCUGAGUAUUCUCUGCUGACACCGACAAGGACAGCCAUCUACUAUGUCGUUGGUAUUGCAGUCAGACUAGUGCAGGCGCUGGGUCUGAACGAGGAGAAGACCAUCACACGCGGGCGUGGCGAUGGCACGACGAACUACCUCGAGAUCGAUCUACGUCGGAGAAUAUUUUGGUGCAUCAUGGUCAUGGAAUGGGGUCUGGCACAUUCAAUUGGACGCCCAUCGAUACUCGCGACUGGUCAGGAUCACGUCGACGUUGGCUGGUUCGAGACCUGUGAUGACCGAUAUAUCACACCCGAAGGCAUUGAUCCCGUGGCGCCCCGCCCAACUCUGAAGAAGUGGGUCGCCAUACACUUCUUUAAGAUGCGUCUCUUGCAGCUUGAGAUACGGAGAAAGCUAUAUCAGUGCAAACGAUCAGAGCCCAAGGACGAUAGCGAUCCGUGGUUCAUUCGGAUGGACGCCAAGCUAACAGCCUGGAGAGAUGCCUCACCGGCACAAGAUGAAGGUAUCGGACUCGACAAGAUCUGGUUCAUCGGGAGAUACAACACAAUGGUGGUUUUCCUCUACCGACCGUCGCCACAAGUACCUAGGCCAACUCUGGACGCGGCUGUCAAGUGCUUUGAUGCUUGUGAGUACAACAUCUACAUGCAGCGCGAGCAAAUAUCCAAGCGUAAUGUCGACCUGACUUGGAUCUUCACGCAAUCACUAUUCAUGGCCAUCAACACCAUGCUUUGGGCGCUCAGCUACGUGGAGGUCAGGAGAAAACACAAGCGAGAGACAGUGCUUCGACAUUUGGAUGUGGCUAUGGAUGCGAUACAGCUGGCUGCUGAACGCUGGCCUGGUGUGGCAUCCGCUGUACAGCUCUACGGCAACCUCAUCGCGGCGAUCAUGAAGAUCUACGAAAGGGAUAGCGAUAUACCCAUCUCGGCUGCCACACCUUCGGACGCAGCUUCACCCGGUCCAAUGUUCCCCGAUACCUAUGGACGCUCUCGCGCCACCAGCCCAGCGACUGCUAGUAGUCAGUCAGUUGCGACGCCACCCGAGAAGCAGCCGCAAGCACCAUUCGGUUAUAUCAAUCAGCAAUCCCGAAGGAGUGUGGAGGAGCCGCCACCAGUACCUUACCGAUCGGAUACGAGCUUGCCGAAUGCAUCUACACCACCAGCUCGCCAGACGCCCUCGGUAACACAUGCUUCUCCAGGAUACGGCAGCUCCGACUCUGUUCCUACUGUGCAGGCGAUGCAACCUCAGUACUCUGGUCAGCAACACCUCUACGCGAAUCACGCGCAGUAUCAUACACUUCCAGAGUUUACACCAGAUCUCACCAUCCCUGGCUGGACAGCACCCCAGCAAACGCCUGGCACAUUUGCGUCUGCAAAUGCCACUGCAUUGUCAAUGCAACAUCAGAACCCUUAUGCAAGCUCUGCGUUCGAUCCAACAAGCCAGGCGUAUCCCUUCCCUGGUGCAUACGACCAAACUUACAAUCAACCACGGCAAGAACAGCAAUAUAUGCCACAGUACUGGGACAUGGACUCUGGCUCAUUUGGAAAUGGCUUGACCCAGAUGCAGCAAGAGGAGCUCAUGCACUCACUGGAGACGGAUGGCAUGGAGGACAUUCAGAGUAUGAUCACGCAUACCCUGGCCGCCAUCACUCCCAAGACUGCACAAAAGCCCUUUUCGUGA